UUUGUUGGGCACAUAUGGUACAGGGUCUUCGUGCUGUUGUUACACGAAGCAGUUUUGAGUCGUCUUCUGAUGUUCACUUGUUCCACUCAUCUAAAUCAAAUUGAAAUAAUUUCUUGCUAAAGUAACAUCGACGGAUGAAUGAUUUUGAACGAAUAAUUUUCUUUUUUGAAAAUUGUAAGUUAUUAUUUUGUUUUCAAAGCUCAUUAUUUUGGAGUUGGAUUUGACACAUGGUUUUAAAUUGCUGUAAAUGCCACAUUGUCUGUUAGGCCCAUUUCGACAUGAAGAAGAUAAAUUAUCACCUUGGAGAUGUUAAUUAGUUGUGGAAAGUUAGGGUGGUGUAGGUUGGUAUCAAGUUGAAAUUAGAAAUGUUUGGACGGCUGAGCCAGCUUGCACAGAAUGUGCAGAAUUCAUUCAAUGCUGACGAGAGUGGAAAUGGCGAAAGUAGUGGGUCACUUACGAAGAGCAACAGUGAGUUGGAGAAAACCGUUACACGUUUACAGGCAGAUCUGGAACAAGCAGAAGAGCGAAACAAAAGCAUUAAUUCAGCUUUUAAGAAGCUUCUCAAAGAAAAAGAGCAAGAAAUUAAAGCUCUGAAGGAAGGAUCAGCUGAGAGAGGAAGUCAGGAAGCAUCUGGCAAUGAUGAAGGAGGUGCUCAAAAACCAAAUGGGGACUUGUUGAAUCAGUUAAGAAGAAAAACAGAAGAAUACAAAAUGCUCUUGGAGCAAAAAGAUGAGACAAUUCAACAGUUGAUGGCUGAUGUCAAGGAAGCUGAGGAUCUCAGGGACAAAGUAGAGCAACAAGAAAGAAUAAACACAGAAAAACUCAUGUUUGAACUAGCAGAGAGAAUCAAGGCUCAUGAAUCUAUAUCAAGAAAAUUAGAAGAGACAAAACACGUCAUGUCUGAAAAGGACAAUGCUAUUCAUAAUAUGGCAGACCAGCUAGCAGCACAAGAUGAGCUCCUUAGAGCAAGAGAAGAUUCAAUCAAGAAACUAAAGAGAAUGGCAGCAGGAGGACAAGCAACUGAAGAAAUGAUAACUGCUCUGCAAAAAUCUCUUCAUGAAAAGGAUGAGAAAUUGAGUCAAAUGGCACAACUUGUUGAUAAACUGGAAGUUGAGAAGAAACUACUUGAUUCAAAAAUUGGAAACCGGGAUGGUUUGGAGACAAGCAAAGAUCAGACAAUCAAGACUCUGUGGGCAGAGAUAGAACAGAAAAAUGAAAUGAUUCAGAAAUUAUCUACAGAAAGCAAGGAGCUGCUGUCUGAAAAUAGCAAAAAGGAUCAAGAUUUGAAAGCCAAAUCAGAAUUAGUUAGUGAAAAGGAAAAUGUUAUUGAUGAAUUGUCAAUGAAAAUAAGGUCAAUUGAAAAUCAGCUAAAUAUAAAAACUAGUGACAUUGAAGUAUCAUCAGACCAUUUAAAAGAUCAACUAAGUGAACUGAAAGAGAUUUUGAAAAGCAAGACCCAGACAGUCAAUAUGUUUCAGAAGGAAAUAGAGGAGAAGGAUGCGGCUUAUUCUGAGCUAAGACAGAAGUUAAAUGCCCUGCAAAGUUCUUUUGAUGAGAAGGAAGAGAAGUUUCAAGAGCAAGUUAAGUUAUGUAAAAAUUUUGAGAAAGAUGUAAAGGAGUUGAAUGAUAGACAUGAAGUUGAGUUAAAUGAGAAAAGCAAGCUGAAAGACCAGUUAGACAAAGUUGGAAAAGAAUUGUCAGAGCAACUUGAUUUGGAGGCACAAAAAUCUGAAGAAUUUAUGAGGAAAGUGGAAAAAUUGGAAGAGGAGAACACGCAUGUGAAAGCUGAAAGAGAUGAUUUUGCUUCACAGCUUGGGAGUUGUCAAGAGCAGAGCCAGGGUAAUUCAACCGAACUUGCAAAGAAAAAGCAAGAAAUCGAGAAGCUGGAGAACGAAAUUAAAGAACUUAAAAGUGAAAAGUUAUCUAUUUCAAAUGAACUUGAAAAUGUUAAGAAUGAUUUAGAUGCCAAGGUCGAGGAGCUAAAAGCCAAAGGUGUGCUGAUAGAUUCAAAGGAUCUCGAGAUACAAAAUCAAAGAGAACGAUUUGAUGCUGAACUUAGCAUGUUGCAGACAGCUAGCGAGAAUGAAAAGGGCAACACAGCCGGCAUCUUGCAAGAAAUGGAGCAUAUCAGACGUGAACUUGAGGCAGCCAAUCAAGACAAAGCUCAGGCUGCAGAAGAGAAUCGCCGAAAGGAGGCUGAAUUGCAGCACGUAAAUGAACGUUUCCAAGAACUGAAUACACAGUUCAAAAAAAUUCAACAGGAAAUUCUGUUAUCGCAAAAGGAAAAUGAUAAUUUGAAUGAAGAAAUUAAGAAAAUUGAAGAGAGGAUUGAGAAAACUGAAAUGAUGAACGAAGGGCUUAAAGUGGAUGUUGGAAGAUUAAAGGGAGAUUUAGAUAAGGAACAAGAAGUAAAGAAGCUAUUAGAGGAUGAAGUUAAUUGUUUAAAGAAUGAAGUAGAUGAUAGGAGUAAAAUCCUAGAAGAAAAGACAAAAGAUAAUGAGUUGUUGAAAGAGGAAAAUACAAGACUAAAUGAACUGCCGAGACAACUGGAGGUGUUAACGAAACAGUUACAAGAAGUAGAAAUGCAAAAAGAGAAUUUGAUUAUGGAGAAGGGGAAGGAAAAAGAGAAUUCUGAGUCUCAGGUGUCCAGUUUGAAAUCAGAAUACAUCGAGCUAGGGGAUAAGGUAAAAGAAUGGAAGCAGCAAUGA